AUGUCCUUUUUCGAUCCCUAUCGCCAUGACCUCAUCGCUGCUACCGGCGAAGCCACUGCUACACCCUACUUUAUCUAUCGCCUCCGCGACGCCAUGCUCGCCGAUCCAACCGGCCGUCGUAUCCUCCGAGCUCGACCUCGAAUUUCCUCCAAAACCCUCUCCCUAGAAGCUCUGCGCGCACUGCCCGAAAACUCCGUUGGCCGCGCCUACGUAGGCUGGCUCGAUCGCGAAGGUGUGUCCCCCGAUACUCGAGCUACGGUGCGGUACAUCGACGACGAAGAGUGCGCAUAUGUCAUGCAGCGAUACCGCGAGUGUCAUGACUUCUACCACGCUCUGACUGGUCUGCCUAUCGUGCGCGAGGGUGAGGUUGCCCUCAAGGCUUUUGAGUUUGCGAAUACGUUGCUUCCCAUGACUGGCUUGAGUGUCUUUGCGGCUGCUACCAUGAAGAGAAGCGAGAGGCAGCGAUUCGCCUCGAUAUACCUACCUUGGGCCCUGAAGAACGGGGCACGGAGCAAAGAGGUCAUCAAUGUAUUCUGGGAAGAGAGACUUGAAGAUGAUGUUAGUGACUUGAGAAAAGAGCUGGGCAUUGAGCAACCGCCCGAUAUGAGAGACAUCCGAAAGAGGGAGAGGGAGGAGAAGAAGAGACUUAAAGAGCUGAGAGAGCAGGGGCUAUAA